AUGGUAAGUGCCCUAGACGCGUUAAUCUUGGCUAACCAACACCCGCCAAUUUUUUUCCAAGGGGAUGAUUCAAUCUUUGACGAAGAGGUUGAAGAAAUUGACGACGAGAACCAUUAUCAAGCUGUAGGAGAUCUCUACAACGAGUUUUAUGGAGCUCCAAUCUACGAUGUCUAUGAUGAGGCAGAUCCGAUCUUCCGCCUUUGUGAUUCUGAUGGUGCUAAUCAGAUUUGUCAUGACCGUGAUGAUGCAAAUCCAAUCUUUGAUGUUUAUGAUGAAGAGUAUAUCAAGUUCUUAGGAAUUCAAAGAAAGGAAGACGUAAAACUUGGACCAGCAGAAUAUGUUCAAUAUCAUCGACAGAUCAAUGGCCAACCACCAGAUCGUGAACCGCCAGAUCAUUAUCAACGUGAUAAUCCUUUUCACCUCAAAAAGAAAAAUCUCUACCACAAGGUUUAUGGUGAUCCGUUUAUUGGUGUCAAUAGAGAUGAUCCGAUUGGUACUGUUUGUAAUGAUGAAUUCACGGUUAAGGGCUAUGAUGAUUCAUCGAAAUGUGACAAAAUCCAAGUUACUAAUGAGAAGCUAAGGCUCGUUUCACUGAUGAGUACACAUGUCCAUACUUCGGAUUUUGGUUUGGGUUACACAAAUUUUGUCACAAUGAGUGGAGUAGAUGUUCUUGUAUUAGAUCACUCGAUUGUGGACAGGGGUUCAAGCAGAGAGUCGCCGUUUUGCUCUAGCUAUAUUUUUCACAUUGGUUUUGACGGCUCUGGUUUUCAGCUUAUUCUCGCAUGGUUAAUACUAGACGACUUUGAUGUUGGUCGUUAUGUACGACACGAGCUGGUCUCGCAAUGGUUACAUUCACGGACAAGAUGGGAUAGUUCUAUUUGCUGGCUUGUUUUGAAGGUGGUAAUUGAUUUCUCCGAUGCCGUACUCAUUAAUGGAGCUUUCUCAAGGAUAUCAUAUUUACACUACUACCAAUUUCUUCGAAGCACCCAACGUGAAAGUCUUUCUGUGGAGCCAGAUAAAGAUUUUCUCUUGCAUGACAUGAAAUCUUAUGUGGAUACUUCAGGGAAUUUAGCCAACGUGAACACUAUAUGCUCGACUUGUUUUGUGGAACACACAAAUACUUUGAAAGAUCUCUUAAUACUUGCCGCUAUGUUGAAUGUGCCGUAUCUACUACAUCUGCGCAUGUUUGGUCUCAUGCAUGAUUACAUUUGUUUUGGGGGAAAAUGGAAGCACAAGAUCAUAGUCAAGUGGGUUUUUCUUAUGCGUAGUGUGGUGUUUUCCGUGGAGUUUUCAAUUCACAGUGACAUUGGUGAAGCACCGCUUGUGAAAGUCCCACAAACUACUUGUUUGUUCUCUCUUUUCUGGUUCUUAAUGUCUCAAGGUGCCGCUACCAUGGCUAGUAAAGAGGAGCUCAAGUUUUUGUGGCCACCAUGGAAUCCCAAAGCUUUUGGGCUUCUCCUUUUCACGUCUACGAUCAUGCCAAUUGUGUUCUUUCCGACCGUUUUGUGGCUUUGUGGGUUGCAAUGUGGAAAUUUAACGUGGAAAAUGGCUGUUUUGUGUCACACAAUAUGGGUUUAUCAAGACACGUCUAAUACAUAUAUUCAAUGGCGUGAGGUUAUCUGUCAAUCACCCAAGUUAUUGUUUUACGAUAGCUCUGUUUUUCAUGUCUGUUGCAACACCUCUAUUUUGCUAUUACCACCAUGCAAUGGAUUGUCCAUUAUCACGUGGGAAUUAAUAAAGCAAAUUGUUGCUUUACAAGCCACAUGGCAGGAAAAUCUUUAUGUGUUGGCAACGGUGGAUCUCUUUGGGAACAUAAUGAGAUACACGUGCGUUGAGUGGGAUCUAAAUUGUGAAGAUGUGACUUCUUAUGAUCAUUGUCUUUUCUUGGAGCUUUUUGACUUGAAGCUUACGGAAGUCUGGAGUUCGCAUUAUUCUUUACCUUACUCUUCUCAUCAUGGAUUUCAGCUGGAAUAUCUUGUAGUCGACGACAUGGUAAUUUGCUGGAAAGAGUUUUCCUUUAAGCGUCCGCUUUGGGAUCAAAACAUGAUGUUUUCCCUGCCUCCAAGGUUCACAACGGUGCAGUGGAGAUUCUUCUUUCUCACUCCGUUACGACGUGGCUUCUACUAUGACGUUUAUAACAGAGUAUAUGGAGCUAUGCGUACGACUCGAUUUAGACUCUCUUAUGACAUCGCAAGGGGUUUGAGGCGAGUGGACGUUGCUUUUGGGUCACAUGAGUAUGAUAUUCACGUUUCAGACCAAACGAACAACAUGCAUCUUCUCGCAUGGAUAAUUUCUGUGAACGUUGAGGUUUGUAGUUACAUUUGGCACUCGCUGGUUACAAAGUGGUUUCGUCAUUGGAUGCGACCAUGUAGUUGUAUUCGUCGGCUUGUUCUGAAGAUCCUAGGGAAACUCAGUUUUGGAGAUUUACAAGAGCUUUUGUUUUGUUCUACUAGGCCGUCCCAAUAUCAGUUACCAUAUGAAGCUUCUUUAAAGAGAAAGAGCAAUGUUCAUAUCUCACCAGUGGGAUUCUCUUACGAUGUUACGAAAGUUCAUAGUAAGGAGGCGUUACAUUUGAGCUUAAUCGAGGUGCUUGAGCAAUCAGCGUUCUCAAACGUGGACAAGGGAUGUAUACGUGACCAGCCGAAGCCAAUAUGGGUGGUUUUGUGGUGUUUUGUGGCUGAUUUUGCACCAAGCAAACUAGGUUUUAUUGUCUUCGUCAUUGUGAAGGACUUGUCAUGCGAAUCACGCAGUUGGAGUUCUUUGUUGACAUUUCUACAACUAUUGGUGGAAUAUACAGUUUUAGUCUCCAAAAUGAGGAUUGGUGUUCACUUCCCAACACUCAAUGUCCCAAGCUACGUUACCAUUCGAGGACGAAUCUUUUCUUACCCCGGGGGACCUGAUGCAGCGCAUCUUCACUCGAUCAUGUCUCCAUGA